AUGGCAGAGGAAGGGCGAUCGCAGCUUCCCGAAGAUGAUGGCGUCGGGGAGCCUUCCGCGGAGGAAGCUCCAGCUGAGCCGCCCAAGGCCGAAGCGGAAGCUGCUGGCUCUAUGUCCCAGUCCUUGGACACACCGCUGAAAGGCCUCGAAGAGGUCGAUGACCUCAAGGUCAUCCACCGGGACUUUCCGGAUGGGUCCGGAAGUUUCACUGUUCUUCACCAUCAACAUCUCUCGAAAAGCGUGAUGAGUGGUAGCUUCACUUCCACUGCUUCUAACGGCGGCGUCACACAGUACCGGGGAUGCUUUCAGGGAGACCCUCAUCACGAGGGGCCCGUGCCGAAGGGUCUCGGGGUCAGGAUCAAUCCUGAUGGGUCUUCCUACACAGGUGAGUGGAAGGACGGCCAACCUCACGGCCAUGGUGAAUGGAAGGCAGCCGAGCCCUCUUGUGAAAGCUACGUGGGAGACUGGAAGCGCGGCAAGAAGCACGGCUUUGGCAUCAUCAAGCUGGCAAAUGGAGACUCGUACGAGGGCGACUGGGCAGAUGGUAAGUUUCAGGACAGAGGCAAGUACGUCUAUGCAAACGGCGAUGAGUUCAUGGGAUUGUGGGACAAGGGUGUGAAGUUGAGCGGGACUUUCUAUUACAAGGAUGGACGCAUCAGCACGAGGAAAUGGGAGAACGGACGCUUGGUUUCGUGCCAGGACUUUGAUUCCCGAAAAAGAGCUUAUCAACCAACCAUUACCCAUUCUCAGGUGCACAACCCUGAGCGGAGCCAGUACGGUGCAACUGGGACGCUCAGUAGCAUGGUCAGCGCCAAUGGCGUCCCAGUUGGCUGA